AUGUAUAGAGGUUUGGCAGAAGCAAUUUUAAGAGGAGAAACAGAUGCUUCUUCACAAGGAAAACGUGUUAUAUUGCCUUCUUCUUUUACAGGUGGGGCACGAUACAUGAUUCAAAAUUACCAAGAUGCAAUGGCAAUUUGUAAAUGGGCUAGAUACCCUGAGCUUUUUAUCACACUUACAUGUAGUCCAAAAUGGCCAGAGGUUGUUCAUUUUGUAGAAAGUAGAGGUUUAAAACCUGAAGACCAGCUAGAUAUACUUUGUAGGAUAUUCAAAGUCAAGCUAGAUCAGUUGGUAAAAGAUCUCAGACAAAACAAGAUAUUUGGAAAAGUCAAAGCAGAUGGAUAUCCAAUUUAUAGAAGGAGAGACAACGGAAGAACAAUUGAAAAGAAUGGAAUUGCCUUGGAUAAUAGAUAUGUCGUUCCGCAUAACCAUUACUUACUUUUGAAGUAUGGUUCUCAUAUGAAUGUUGAGUGGUGUAAUCAGUCAAGAUCUAUUAAGUAUCUUUUUAAAUAUGUCAAUAAAAGACAUGAUCAGGUCACCGCAACUUUUUAUGGAAGUGCUAAUGACAGUAAUGUGCAUGGUCACAUGGAUGAAAUAAAUAUGUACUAUGAUUGCAGGUAUAUUUCACCAUGCGAGGCAGAUUGGAGAAUUUUUGAUUUUGAUAUUCAUUAUAGAGAUCCUGCAGUUGAGCGAUUGAAUUUCCAUCUUCCCAAUGAGAAAAACAUAAUAUUUCUAGAUACUGAUUCAAUUGAUGCUAUCAUGAAUCAAAAUACCGUGAGCAAAUCGAUGUUUUCAGCUUUGAUGGACGCAAAUAAAAAAUAUGUUGAAGCGAGGGAGUUGACUUAUGCAGAGUUUCCUACUAGAUUUGUAUGGAAGAGUUCAGAAAGGGCAUGGCAUCCAAGGAAGCAUGGAUUUGCAAUUAGACGAAUGUUUUUUGUGCCUCUAGGAUGCGGUAACAUGUACUAUUUGAGAAUACUUCUUAACAUAGUUCGGGGAUUAAGAAAUUUUGAAGAAAUAAUGAAUAGAAAUGGCAUUCAAUAUAAUUCUUUAAGAGAUGCUUGCUAUGCACUUGGUUUGUUAGAUGAUGAUAAAGAAUAUUUUGAUGAUUUGCAUCUGACUGACGAAGAGAUAAAAAAUUACACUCUUCUAGAGAUUGAGAAGAUCUUACGAAGUUGUGGAAAAAGUCUUCGUGACUUUCCAAUGAUGCAUUUCCUUGGUACCAUUGAUGUUUCUUGCUGCCAAAAUAGGCUUAUACAGGACGAGCUGCGUUAUGAUAGAAUUGCUUUGGCUGAAGACCAUAAUAAGUUUGUAUCAAAUCUCACAGUUGAAUAA